AUGGCCGAACACGAAAUGGAGAUGGACGAGGGCGACGAUCUCUACGAACCCGAGGAGCCCAAGGUCCUGCCCGACGACAACAAACAGCCCCCCCAGUCCAAGUCCGACGAGCUGGAAGAAGGCGAAGAAGAGGACGAGGGCGGCGCGAUGGACGAGGAUGACGACGACUCGGAUAUUGAUAUCAUCACUGAGCGCAAGGAUGGCACCACGGCUGCGCCUCCGACACAAGCAAAGUACAGCGACAUCAGAAACAUACCGCAGCGCUCUACUUCCACGGACGCAACUGCAAAGCCUGCGCCGGCCAAGAAGGAUGAGGGCUCGAGAGCAGCUCCUAAUGUCGCGGCACCCAGUGCAGAUCGCGCCUCUGCUGCAGCAUCCAAAUCUACAAUAGAUAUCAAUGGGAACCCGACCUAUCCCGCCGCUGGUAAACCAAUCACCCAGGUCAACAUUGACGAGGAUCUUCCCGACAACGAGAAGCCUUGGCGGAAGCCUGGCACAGACAUCAGCGACUACUUCAACUACGGCUUCGACGAAUUCACUUGGGCUCUCUACGCUGCCAAGCAGGAAAGCAUACGCGGCGAGUUCGGCGCAGACGCGUUCGCCACCAACAACAAGAAGAUGAUGGAAGACUUCAAUAGCAUGAUGAUGAUGGGCGGUAUGGGUAUGCCAGGCGGUGGCGGCGCAAGCGGCGCGGGCGGUAUGUCGGGCAUGGACGGUAUGCCCCCAGAGAUGCAGGCCAUGAUGCAGCAAAUGAUGGCCUCCGGCAUGGACCCGUCACAGAUGGAUCCCAGCCAGAUGAACGCCAUGAUGUCCGGCAUGCAGGGCGGCGGCGGAGGUGGCGGCGCCCAAGGCAAUCAAGGACAGAACUUUGGCGGGUUCGGCGGCAACCAGGGAGGGUAUGGCUACGACCAAGGCAUGGCUGGAGGCGGCGGCGGUGGUGGCGGCGGAGGUGGUGGGCGUGGAGGCUUUGGAGGAGGUCGUCGGGGACGCGGCCGAUGGUAG